CUCAUGUUGUAACCUGAUGGAGGAUGGGGGAGAUGGCGACGGCGACGGGGACGGCGACUGCAGAGAUUCCUUCUCCUUCUUCACUCCCACUGACUCGUCUCUCUACUAUCUGGAUCUGGCAUCACGGGCUUCGGAUUACAUCUAUAGAUAUGAACCACUGGUGAUGUUUUUUUUUUUAGAAGACCGUCGGCGAUCGUUCAGAGCACCCAGCUUUGGCUCGUUGAAGAAAAAUAAGAAAGACAGACGCUCCAAGAGAAGCAAUCCCAGACAUGCCUCCACCAGUAGCGUUAAAAACCAGCAAACCUUGGAGACUAGUACAGUUAUCCGCAAGCUUGCAGAUCCGAUCCAAGCAAAGGUCGAUGAUUUCUUUCCCAAUGGUAUAGAAUCCAAGUUUAAGAAAUGGAAUGGAAGCAAAGCAACGGAGAAGGUCCACGAAGUCGUGUAA